CAGAAGAUCCUAUGCCUCCAACCAGUGGUGGGAUUCAGCCAGUUCGCACCAGUUCAGCAGAACCGAAAUGCAGAGUGUUUCAGCUGCUACUCUAGACACCAAGAAAAAAAAAGGUGUCCCUUUUACAGCUCCUUUUGAUCCUCGGUUUCCAUUCACCAACCAGACUCGUAACUGCUACCAGAAUUAUUUGGAUUAUUACCGUUGUAUGAAGAUGAUGAAAGGCAAAGGCAAGGAUAUGCAAAAGUGUGAAUGGUACCAUAAGGUUUUCAAAUCCUUGUGUCCCAGCAGCUGGGUUGAUCAGUGGGAUGAGCAACGUAAACUGGGAACUUUUCCUGGCAGGAUAUAAAGAUCUAUCUUCCAUUGCCUUCGUGAAGAUAGCCUGAGAAGUACAACAGCAAGUAUAUUUUCGUCUAGUUCCAAUUCAACGAUUAGUUACCUCAGGAGAACUGUGAAUCUUCACCCCGCCAAAACAGAACAAAAUGCAAAUAGAAGUGUUGUUAAAAAAAAAUCAAACAGGAGAAUAAUUUCCAAUAAACAGCUUUCUGACAA